AUGUGUGUGACGUCACCGAAAGGCUUCGUUCUAACAAAAACAAGGAAAUGCGCUGUUAAUGCAUUAAGGGAAAAGAUGUCAGACAACAUGGCAGAAGUACAGAAGUCUCUAGGAAGGGAAUGUAUACGCCAGGCUUCUAUUCUGCAGGAUAGAUUAGCCAGGAGACAAGCACUUGCUGUCCAGUACAAAAGCAUUACCGAGAAAGAAGAGCAAGAAAUGCAGAACAGAAUUGAGCAUCAAUAUUCUGUGUUGUCUAAGUUAUGUGAAGAUAGUCACCUAACGGAAAUCCAGAUGAAAAGUAUAAUAAAGCAGUACGAGUCUGAUUUAAGCCGUGUACAUGAGAACCAUAAAGCAGAGGUAAAGCGACAAACAAUGCAAUUAGCAAGCAAGCUUGAAGAGUUCAGAUGUGAAAAUAUGGUGAAACUAAAGAAAAAGCAUCAAAAUGAGAAACAGAAAUUAAAGGAAAAUACAAUUAAAGCUAAAGCAAAAGAUUUUGUUGAAGCCCACCAUGAUUUGCUGGGGCAGCAGAGGAACGAAUGUAACGAUUACAUUGACGAACUUGAUUACAGUGAGGCUCAACAGAUCAGUGGACUUAGAAAACAAUUGAAAACAAAUUAUCUGGAAUCUAUUAAGGAACAAGAGACCUCAUUCUAUGAAACUCUUGCUGAUCAAGCUCGGUUGACAGAUGAUAAAGUGAACAAACUGAUGAAGAAACAUUGGAAAAAUGUUGAUAACUUUCAAGUAAAAAAGAAUAAAGAAAAGAAACGACAACUGCAAAUCCUACAGGAGAAGAUCACAGAGAAUAAGUCACGAUGGAUAGAAGAACAAGAAAGAGUAGAGGUUGCACAGCAGCAAUUAAUAGAACAGCAAGACAGAACAGUACACAAUCUGCUAGUAUCCCAAAGUGGUUUGGAUGAAGAAGCUCGGAACCAGAUUUUAAAACAGCAUGCUCAGAAUAUGGCAGCUAUCAACAAUCAAAUGCAAAUGGCUCGUCUAAAGCAGCAAAAGAUCCUUGAUGGAAAACUGGCCAGACGAGAAACUUACUUGCAGAACCUUAAAAAGAAACAAGAAAAAGAAAAUGCAAUAGCUCUAUCAAAGGGAUCAGAAACUGAACUUGAAAAGCUUAAGAGAAAUCAUGAAGCAGAGAUAAACAUUGAAUUGAAGGCGAUAGAGGCUGAGAGACAACAAUCUAUGAGUCUGCUACGUGAUCGUCUUGCAUCGGAAAAUAAAGCCGUUUUGAAAAACCAAGAUGCUCAGCUUGGACUUCUGAUUGGCAAGCUUCAAGUUGGGCAGACACGUCGCCAAGGAAUCAUCAGGAAAAACAAUAGAAUAAUUAAUGAACUUCAGGCUCAAUUGCUUGAUAGUGUUGUUGAGAAUGAUGUGCCAACACAAGUAACUAAUAGCAUUAUAAAGAAUCAUAUGCGAGAAGUAGAAGACCUGCAUGAGAAAAUGCAAGAAGCUAAGAGAAAACAAUAUCGCAUUUUGAAAGAUAAAGUAGAGUCCAGGACUAUAAAGAAAGAAAAGGCAAUGGAAUAUGAGAUUGAUGUUGAAAUGAAAAGACCAAAAUCUGAUUCUGCUGCUGCGUAA